AUGUCCUGGCUGGCAUCGUUUGCUCUCGCCAUUUUCCAUGCUCUGUAUUGGCUUGUGACUACUGCGAGGCGCCUCUUGACUAUCGCGGACCAACCACAACCUCUCAAUGCCCUGAGACAGAAGCUUCCCUCGCACUUGGCCUUGCUCUUGGUUGCAGAACACCACCGUGACAGCGAUGCAACCGAACAGCUCAUGGUCGAGAGUGUGGAGAAAGCGGUAACGUGGUGUCGUGUUGCAGGAAUCAACAGGCUGACGGUGUAUGAUCGUGAAGGGCUUCUCAGCACACUAUCUUUAGACAUACGGAAACGCCUAGUGAAACACUCUGUCACUCCUUCAACCGAUUCUGACCUGGAAACCGAGAUCGAGUUCCCCCUCACGCCUCCGUCGUCGGACGACUCGGAUUCAAGACCGUUAUCUCCUGACUCCGAAGUUUCGCCAUACAAGCUCAACGUUACAAGCGUGCAAAUACCUGGGCAUGCAGAGAAGGGCAGGAGAAAGAUGCUCGGUGUCAAAUCGACGGCGCGGCGUCGUCGCGCGACUCGUGAAUUCAGCGAGUCAAAGCCCACUCCCUUUACAUUGCAUAUCCUCAGUCGGAAGUCAGGGAAGCCUGCCAUCGCCGAGACGAUCUGCAGGCUACUCUUCGGACCGCGCGAAGAGCGAUCGACAGCCAGCGCCAUCGGAAGCCGAGCUUACCUCCUUCCUAGAAGGUUGCAUCCACCGUUCCUCCAAGAUGCAUCGUACUUAUACAUCCCCUCAGGGAAUAAUGGUUUCCCCGAGCCAGAUUUGAUGCUCGUCCACCGUAUACAUGCGAGCAACACCAGCGACCUAGAACUUCAUGGAUUCCCUCCGUGGCAGAUCAGGCUCACCGAGUUUGACGAGUACAAGCCUCUGGACUCAACCUGGCAUCGUUGGGGUCACCACAGUCGCUCACCUGGCAGGCCGCUGGAUGAGACUGAGUUCAGACGGGCACUCGAUACGUAUGCCGCUGCAGAGAUGCGGUUAGGCAAGUAGUGUGCCGCGUUAGCCUCACGCCUAUCUUGUACGAGGUCGAUUGACCCAGCUGUCUCCAUUAUCGAGAGUGUAACGGAUAAUCUUGACUGGAAAAGUAUGUAGACGCGAUUGUACUCUCUGUCCCGGGAUAGGCCCUGGCGCAGACACGACGUCUUCGGAAGACCGGCAUAUCGUUACGUGCCUUGGUGGGCGGUAUGGAUUCUUCUGCGUCGCUCCAGGCUAAUCUUUUUCUUAGUAGGCGCGCUCCCUGGUUGAUAUUCAGAGCGGUGUUGCAUCUUCCUAUUCCC